UGAAAGUCGAACACACCGAGCGACUACGUCACGCGCUCUGACCCUCUUGCUCAUGGAAGCGCGCGAGACCCAGCCGGAGCCGCCCGUUGAUCGCAUAAAAACACGUUUGGGGAAAAUGUCAUCCAACGAUUCUCUUUCAGAUGGAUAUAUCAGUCGCCGCCAGUGAUUUACGUUUCGGAAGUGUCGCGGGGGAAUGCCUACUCCUAGGCAAAGCCCUGUGGAGGAAGGGGAGGUGUUGAGCACCGAGGGAAGAUCCAACAACAACAUGGCGACUGAUGCCACCACCAGCAACCUGCUGGCCUCUGUUAAAGAGCAGGAGCUCCAGUUUGAGCGAUUAACCAGAGAACUUGAAGAAGAGAGACAGAUUGUAGCCAAUCAGCUGGAACGAUGCAGGUUGGGGGCGGAGUCUCCAGGUGCUGCGAGUGACAGCUCUUCUGAGAAGUCUCUACUGUGGAGAUCGGCAGAAUCCUCAGGCGCAGGUGUGUCGAAGCCGUCGGAUGGUUGCCCCUCGCCUACCUUUGGCGUCAGAGGUCAGGGGUCACUUUACUCCCCUGAAUUGGAGCAGAUCUCCCUGCGUGAAAGUGAGGGGUCUGCGGCUAACUCGCGCAGCUCUACUCAGAUGAACUCAUAUUCAGAUAGUGGAUACCAGGAGGUCAGUGGUUACUAUAGCAACACAGUGACACCCAGGCGCUCUGAAGGGAGGUCCCAGUCGACUAGCUCCGCCCCUAGUGGAGACCCCACCCUUGCCAUGAGCUCUAGGGCUGAAGGACAAGCAUCAGCCCAGGUGGGAGGAAGCGGGCGUGUCAUGAGGCGUGUUAGUUCUGUUCCUUCACGUGCUCCUUCCCCGCUCUACACUCCCUCCCCACCCACUUCCCGCCAGCCCUUGAGGACAUCUCUGGGAAGCCCCUACGGAUCGCCCAUAGUCUCAGAGCCACGCCCCCUACCUAGCAUAUUUCCCGGCACCACCUUGCCUCCUUCCUCUAGUCACGCCCCCGAACCAGUCCACUCCGCCUACCUGGGGCGGCAUGGGAACGGGGUAGGAUCAGAGCCUGGGUCGUCGCCAACGCUCUUGCGGUCCGGCAUGACCGCUCAGCCUCAGCAGUACGGGACUCUGGGGAAGCACGAAUCACGUGCAUACGAUACCACCCACUCUUCGUUUGGGUCGCGGGCUUAUGACAUCUUUGAAAGGAUGGUUCUUUCGAGACCGGAUAGUCUCACAGGCUUGCAGACCUCUUAUAGUCAGAACAGCCAGUUGGGACAGGAUGCUCGUUCCCCUGACUGCCACAUCACGCCCAUCUAUGAGGACAGAACCUUCCAGAACCCUCUGUACCAGAGCCCCACGCAUGGCUCCCAGAGCGCUCUCUCCAAAAACAAUACAGGGUUUGGUACUUUACAAAGGACCACUAGUCAGUGUAGCACUCUGAGGUACCAGCGAGGGUUAUUUUCCAUGGCAACGCACUCUGACACCUAUCACCCCGGCCACUACCGCCCGGCCGACUCAAACUACACCAGGCACGCGGCCGCCGCUGACAACGCUAUCACACGAUCUCCUUCCAUAGACAGCGUCCAUAAAGAUCCCAGAGAGUUUGCCUGGAGAGACCCUGAGCUACCAGAAGUGAUCAGGAUGCUGCAACAUCAUUUCCCCUCAGUCCAAGCCAAUGCUGCAGCAUACAUACAGCACCUCUGCUAUGGAGACAACCGCAUCAAAUCAGAGGUGUGUCGGCUGGGUGGAAUCCGGCACCUUGUGGAUCUGCUCGACCACAAAACCCUGGAGGUUCAGCGGAACGCUUGUGGAGCCUUGCGAAACCUAGUGUUCGGAAAAGCCACUGACGAUAACAAAGUCUGCGUGAGGAAUGCCGGUGGAAUCCCGGCCUUGGUUCGUCUGCUGAGGAAGACCCCAGACACAGAAGUGCGAGAGCUUGUCACAGGAGUGUUGUGGAAUCUGUCAUCAUGUGAUUCAGUAAAGAUGACGAUUGCUCGGGACGCUCUUGGUCCACUCACCAACACCGUGAUCAUCCCUCACUCCGGUUGGGGUGCGGCACCCCAGCGAGAGGACCAGAAACUCAAACUGCACUCAUCUCUGGUGCUGCGAAACACCACUGGAUGCCUCAGGAACCUGAGCUCGGCCGGAGAAGAGGCAAGAAGGCAGAUGCGCUGCUGUGAAGGGCUGAUCGAUUCUCUCCUCUAUAUUAUUAAAACUUGUGUAAACACCUCCGAUUAUGACAGCAAGAUUGUGGAAAACUGUGUGUGCACUUUGAGGAACCUGUCAUACCGCCUUGAACUGGAAAUGCCUCCUUCUCGUCUGAUGGGAACCCAGAACCUGGACACGCUCCUGGGUACCGACACAUCCAGUAAGCAGGCCGACUACAGCUGCUGGGGUCUCAGAAAGAAGAAGAAGAAAAGGUCCUGGCAGGAUCAGCAGUGGGACGGUGUUGGGCCCAUUCCAGGAUUUUCUGGAAGUCCAAAAGGGGCGGAGAUGCUGUGGCACCCGUCUGUGGUUAAGCCGUACCUCACUCUGCUGGCAGAGAGCUCCAACCCGGCCACGCUGGAAGGGGCGGCCGGAUCUCUGCAGAAUCUUUCCGCAGGAACCUGGAGGUUUGCGGCCUACAUCCGUGCCGCUGUACGUAAAGAAAAGGGUUUGCCCAUUCUGGUGGAACUACUAAGAAUGGAUAAUGACAGGGUGGUCUGCUCUGUGGCCACUGCUCUACGAAACAUGGCUCUGGAUGCUAGAAACAAAGAGCUCAUUGGAAAGUAUGCCAUGCGGGACCUAGUGACCCGGCUCCCUGGCAAUGGGCCAUCCCUGCUGUCAGAUGAGACUGUGGCAGCGGUCUGCUGUGCACUUCAUGAGGUCACCAGCAGGAACAUGGAGAACGCCCGCGCGCUCGCCCAGACGGGCGGCAUCGACAAGCUGGUCACAAUCAGCCGAGGGCGUGGAGAGCGGUACUCCAUGAAAGUGGUCAAAGCGGCAGCUCAAGUGCUGAACACACUGUGGCAGUACAGAGAUCUGCGCACCUUCUAUAAAAAGGAUGGCUGGAACCAGAAUCACUUCAUCACCCCAGUGUCAACGCUGGAACGAGACCGCUACCGUUCCCAACCCACCCUGCCGACCAGCAACGUGCAGAUGUCACCUGUCAUCCAAUCGGGAGGUAGUGCCACCUCUUCCCCUGCCAUGUUGGGUAUAAGAGGUCACCGUUUAAAUCAGCGAAGGACUCAGUCGUCUAUGCAACUUCAUAACUAUUAUGGUGACGCCAACAGAAACACAAGUCAGUAUACAGGGUCUGGAAAACAGUCAGCCUAUUUCAUUAGCUCGUACCCCUCUCCUUCAGCAGAGGAGUCCCGCAGGUCACAGCAUGGCCAGCUCUACUUCCCAGAAGAGGCCAAUCAAAGCACCUUUGACACUUACGGAAUGUACCUGUCAUCUCCGAUGGGCUACGAGGAUGCUUACCUAGACGAGCCUGUCCGGUAUCCCGUGGUAAGCGAGAGGCAGGUGCUCAAGCCCACUACCAACUACGUAGACUUCUACUCCACCACACGCAGGCCUUCAUACAGAACUCAGCCCUACCCAGCCUCACCAGACUCAUGGGUGUAGGCAUGUAUGUGUGUCUGUGUAUUUGUUUAUGUAAUGUGUAGCCAUACUGUAGAUAGACUAUUGCAAGGAGAUGGCACUCCGUAAGACAUAUCUGGGCCAGUGGAUUCCUAUUCCUAGACCAUUGUAUGGACAAGCUGUUGAUGCAUUUGAAAUGACUGGUUCAUUUUGAUGGAUGAAUUUAUUUUGUGUUUUGUGCAUUGCAACUGGAAUGACAUUCAGUUUCGGUGGUUCUGUAUCUAGAUGAUGUGUAUGCAGGUGUGAGCGAAUGUAUAUCUGUGGCUGUGCGAUAACAGAUUAUGUGCACCAUUAACUUGAAAUAGCGUGACUGAAUGCGAGCCAAAGAUUUUACUUUUAACUUUUGUUUACAUUUUUUCUAAUUUAAUGAAAGAUUGAACCAUCGUUUAUGUUUUCGAUUAUAAAAGGCAUGUUUGAAAAGUCAUCUCGGUUCUUGAGCCAAAAGAAAAGAUGUAACUAAAUUGCAUAUUGGCCAAAAAGUCUAAUGAAGAUGUAAUAGCAGUGUAAAAAAAAAAUGAAGAAACAAAUAUUCUGUGCAUUGGAAACAAACUGUCCUUUUGUCUCAUUGCUGUAACCUGCGUAAUGUAAAGAUUAAUGUAUGUUCCAUGGAGUCUUGUACAACUACGUCAGUUUAUUGUACAACCGUGAUCUGUGCUCCUAUGCACAAAAAACUGUGCCAUGAUAAAAUGAUAUGUAGAACUGUGUGUACAUGUAAGAGACCUUAUGGAGACAAAAGUUACUACUAUCAAAAUAUUUAGAUGUAAUAAAGACAACAUUUGUUUU